AUGAUUCCUAAUUCUUUAAAAAUCGCUCAAAGCAAACCAGUUUUUAAGGUAUAUCAAAAGAAAAACAAAAAUAACUCUUAUCACCCUUAUAAACAACUCACGCCAAUUACUUCUGCUAUUAACUUAUGUGCAAAUAGUUUAUCAACCUCUAAUAAUUUUUGUGAUUCUUGUGUUACUUCUAUAAAAUCUUCAUCUUCUAUUAUUAAAUCUUUGUCUCUUAUUAUCAAACCUUUAUUUUCUAUUGAUGAGCCUUUAUCUCCUAUUAACGAACCUUUGUCUCCUAUUACUAAAACUUUACCUCCAACUAUUAAACCUUUAUCUCCGAUUAUUGCAUCUUCUUCUAAAGAUAAAUCUUCUGUCAUUGAUUUAGUUAGUGAUAUUGAAGAUGAUAUUAAUAUUAAAAAACUUUGGCCUAAUUCUACUAAGAAACCAUUUUUAGCUAAAGCUGCUCUUUAUCUUGGCAAAGGAAAAACUGCAACACAA